GUUUUGUGUUCGUUUGUUCGUAUUUAUCGAAUAAAAAUUUAAGUUUGUAUUAUACUUUUGAAAGUUUUUAGUGUCGACGAACAUAAAUCCGGUUUAACCAUGGCUACGAUUCCGAGAGGGUGCUGCUCGCACUGCAAAUAUAAGGAUUGUGAAAUGAAAAUGCAAUACCUCGCUCUAGAAAAAGAGAAUAUGAGACUUAGAGAUGAGAUUGAUAAAACAAAUGCGCAAAUAGGAUGUCGUGUUCUCAAACUCUCCGACUACUGUUAUAUGAAGGAAAAGUUAAAAUAUGACAUUGAUGAAACAAAAAAACGAUUACAAAAAACUGUAAAACAAAAGGACAGUAUUUUGAGACAAAAGAACCGUAUUUUAAGAGAAAAAGACAACGCAAUCCAGAAGAAACUGAAAGAACUGGAAUCCUUAAAUGCAAAGUGCUUAAGACACAAUGCGUUCUGCACCAGUCUUCAAGAAGCAAACUUGAAAAUUAACAACUUAGAAGAAGAGAAAAACUUAUUAACUUCUGAACUAGACAACAUGACAAAGGAACAAAACAAAUGGUGUAAUAGUGCAAAAGAAAGAGCACAGGUUAUUGCAGAAUUUUUGAAAGCAAACAUGCAAAUUGUUGACUAUAACAGCUGGAAGGCUACAAUGACACUAUCCGAGGAACUACAAGCAGUGAAGGGUAGUUUAGAUGACAAUGCCGCAGAUUUGAUGUUUUUGAAACAGUCUUUACAAACGACAUGUGAGGCAUGCCAAAACUGCCAAACAUCCUUUCUAGAACAGAAAACUCUUUUGGAAGAAAAAAUACUACAAUUGGAAAAUCAAAUAGUGAAUGACUCUUUUUUGCAAAACCAACAGUCAGAGAUGAUAAAAAAGCUAACACAGAAAAACGAGGACUAUAAAAAAAGGGGAGUGAAACGUAUUAAGAAAGAGCUAUUGUCACCAACAGGUGACAUGAACUUACCUCCCACACCAUCAACCCCAGAUCAAGACAUGUACCAAAAUAAUGAAUUCGAAGAUGAGGAAUCUUCAAAACUUAAACAGAAUAGUCAAACAGCUAACUGUCCUCAGACAAUGCUAUGUUCGGUACAAGUAUCCUCUGAAGACAUUAAUAGAGUUGACGAUUGCAGUACAAGUUUUCAAAAUAUGCCGUCUACAAUUGCUGUUGAAGAAAAUAUUGAGACUAAAGCAGUCGUACAUGAACCUGCCCUAAAUAAAAAACCCCAUAUAAAUUCAAAAACCAAAAUGGUUUUGAUCACAAUGCAUAAGAACUCUCCAAAAGAAAAUGCAUCAAAUAGUAUCGAAACUGGUGACAUAAAAGUAUCACCAUCAUCACCCAUGAAUCCAGUUGUUCUCAGAGUCAACACUAAAGAAGUGACAAUGUCUGAUGAAGACAUUUCUGUUUUAUCACCAAGACCUGUUGAGAUUUUUGAAACCCAGAAGCAAGUCAGUAGGGUUAGCUCAAGAGGUGAAACUGUUGAUAGUAAAACCAAAUGCAGCGUGGAAUUGGACCAAACGAUUCUGUUUAAUAAGCGAAAGAACUCUACAGAGGAAAAAGUAUAUGAUAGCUCAGAGAAAACGGACUCCUAUGGCAUUAAAGCAUUACAAUCUUUUAAAAAACCAGUUUUGCCAGUCGAUGAGGAAAUGUGUGAUGAAGACCAUCCCAUUUCAUCACCAAGCCCUGUUAAGAUGCCUGGGACCCAGAAGGCACAUAGUAUGGUGAGCCCUGAAAUUGGUGCUUUAAAUAAUAAAACUAAAUUGAGUGUAAAGUCAGACGAAAUAGGUUUAGAGGAAAGCACACAAGCCAGUAGCAAUGACCAAGUAAUUAAUAACAAGAUUCAGUCUCCAGAAUAUUUAGAAAUCAUAGAUAUUCUUAGUGAGGUAACUCAAAUUCCAUCAAUACUUAGUCCGAUAAGGCCUCUUAAAGUAAAGUGUGAUAAAAGACCUAUAGAGUUGAACUUACAGACUGAUUAUCCAAAGCGACGCAAAACUUUAUUUUCACCAACACACAGUAGCAACUUAAGUGAAUUCCCAGUCUUAUGUGAUCUUAGAAAAGACCUUGUCGAUUUAAGCCCUGAGCCUGUUGAAACUUUCAUUGAGGUGAAACCAAAAAAUAGUUGCGGAGAAGAGAAUAAAUCUCCUAAACCAAGUGUAAUUAAAAAAGAGAAAAAGCCUGGUAGUGACAGCCACACUGCAAGUGAGAUUGAGGCAGCUCCUAAACCAAGUGUAAUUAAAAAAGAGAGAAGGCCUGGUAGUGACAGCCACACUGCAAGUGAGAUUGAGACAGCUCCUAAACCAAGUGUAAUUAAAAAAGAGAGAAGGCCUGGUAGUGACAGCCACACUGCAAGUGAGAUUGAGGCAACUCCUAAACCAAGUGUAAUUAUAAAAGAGAGAAAGCCUGGUAGUGACAGCCACACUGCAAGUGAGAUUGAGGCAGCUCCUAAACCAAGUGUAAUUAGAAAAGAGAGAAAGCCUGGUCGUGACAGCCACACUGCAAGUGAGAUUGAGGCAGCUCCUAAACCAAGUGUAAUUAAAAAAGAGAGAAAGCCUAGUAGUGACAGCCACACUGCAAGUGAGAUUGAAGCAGCUCCCAAACCAAGUGUAAUUAAAAAAGAGAGAAAGCCUAGUAGUGACAGCCACACUGCAAGGAAGAACAACUAA